AAACCCCAAGCCACCCUGUCUCUCUCUCUGUCUCUCUCUCUCUCUCUCUCUGGCCGACCAUGAAGGAGAACAAUCCUUACACAACUCUGUGUCUCUCCCUCUUCUCUCUCCUCCUCCUCGUCAACCCCAGCCUCUGCCUCUCCUCCACCCCGCCCGUGUCGGAGCUCUUCGAAGCCUGGUGCAAGGAGCACGGCAAGGCCUACUCCUCCGAGCGCGAGAAGCUCCACAGGCUCCGGGUGUUCCGAGACAACCUCGACUUCGUCGCCCGCCACAACGGCAAUGGGAGCUCCUCCUACGCCCUCGCCCUCAACGCCUUCGCCGAUCUCACCGACCAAGAGUUCAGGUCGUCCCGGCUGGGCCUCUCGAGGGCCGCAGUCAACGCCGGCCGGCCGCGGAUUGCGGGGCCCGGGCCCGGGCCCGGCCUCGGCGUUCCUUCGUCGGUUGAUUGGAGGGAUAAAGGAGCGGUGACGCGCGUCAAGGAUCAAGGAAGCUGUGGGGCUUGUUGGUCAUUCUCAGCCACAGGGGCCAUUGAAGGAAUCAAUAAGAUCUUCACAGGAUCUCUUGUGAGCCUGUCUGAGCAAGAGUUGGUCGACUGUGACAAGACAUACAACGAUGGAUGCGGUGGUGGACUCAUGGACUAUGCAUUUCAGUUUGUCGUUGAUAACCACGGUAUAGACACCGAGGAUGAUUACCCAUAUCUCGUUCAAGAUAGGACUUGCAACAAGCAAAAGCUAAGGAGACAUAUUGUGACAAUUGAUGGAUAUGUUGAUGUGCCUGCAAACAAUGAGAAAAUGCUGCUACAAGCUGUGGCUAAUCAGCCAGUAAGUGUGGGUAUUUCUGGAGGCGAGAGAGCAUUUCAGUUGUACUCAAAGGGGGUUUUCACGGGUCCAUGUUCAACUUCUCUGGAUCAUGCUGUAUUGAUAGUAGGGUAUGGAUCGCAAAAUGGAGUUGAUUAUUGGAUUGUGAAGAACUCAUGGGGAUCAAGGUGGGGAAUGGAUGGUUAUGUUUAUAUGCAACGUAAUAGUGGAAAUGCUGAAGGCUUAUGUGGCAUCAAUAUGCUACCUUCUUAUCCAACUAAGACCAGUCCAAACCCUCCUCCCUCGCCGGCACCAGGUCCUACAAGGUGUGAUCUUUUCACGUAUUGUUCUGAGGGCAAAACUUGCUGUUGCAAGUCUCGCUUUAUCGGAAUAUGCCUUUCCUGGAAUUGUUGUGGGCUCGAUUCUGCUGUAUGUUGUAAGGAUCAUCAUUAUUGCUGCCCACAAGAUUAUCCUGUAUGCGAUACAACAAGCAACCAAUGCCUCAAGCAUUCUGGAAAUCUUACUGAAACAGAAGCCCUCAGAAAAAGAGGUUCUUUAAGGAAGCAAAGCAGUUGGCAAUCUAUAGUAGAGGGUUGGAUUUUGUAGUCUCAACAAAGUAUUACACAUUCUCCUCAAAGUUGCAUACACGUAUGUACGUAAAGAGGAAUAGUAGAUGUCUAGCUAAAAAGAGGGCUACAGUUCAGAGGACCUCACAAUUUUUUUGAAUUGGUUGAUAACGUGCCAGAUUGAUUUUUUAUAUUUCUCAAUGUGUCCAAGGUGCCGUCAUUUCAGGAGGUUUUAGGUGUGUAUGGAUUUGAAGAACUCCCAACUACUAAAGCAAAGCAGAUUCAAGGAUCGGGGAAGACAUGUGAUUGACAAAAAAGCUCAAAAAGGAAAGCAUCUGAAUUUUUGUUUCUCAAGUAACAAUACAGAGUAAGCAUUAUAUAUGCGGCAAUACAAGAAUUCUGCAUUGAGUCAAAA